AUGUCGGACUUCGAGACAGUAGCGGGAGAGAAACCGCAACCUCCUCCCUCUGAAGGCACCGCAGAUCGCAAUGCGCAUCGUGAUCUGCUUGAUGAGGAAUUCAAGGUGAAAACCGGAGGAGCCUCACCAACCACCGCUCCGCCAACGCAGAUGACCCCGAAGAAGAAGACUUCGUACGCGUCGCGGAUGAGGCUCAAGGCCCCAGCUGAUUCGGACUCCGAUAGCCACGGCAAGAUCGCAGCGACUUGGUCUGACGAUCAGUAG